UUUAUGGAUUGAUACAAAUUACCAAUAUUGUCAAGAAGCGAACAUAUUUUCAAUCUAUUUUAUGGAGAGAUCAAAUGUUCUUCAUGAGUAUUGUGAACAUAUUGAUGACCUUCUCAUUAGUUAUGUUCCCAACAACAGGAUAAUUACAGUUGAGAUAUUUGAUGCAUCAGAUGUUUUACAUUGUCACUUGUUUGAUGUUCAGAAGGUGAUAGAAAACAAACCACCCCUUCACCUUUACUCUGUCUAUUGUGAAAAUCAUGACAAGUUGAGAGUCUACUUCACUGAGGAUAUUCCAUCUACGUUGAAAUUGCAGAAAAUCAAGUGGGAGGAAGAUGUUCUUUUGCUACUGGAUAAUAAUGAAAAACUUGUUGGGCUUUUCUUUCACAAUGUAAAUUAUAGAAUAGCAAAGGAACUCUCAACAGAAGACAGAGAAAACUUAAGCUGGAAAUGA